AGGCAUCAACGCUUUUCUGGCUUUCCCUGUGAAAACCUGUGAAGAAAUUCAGGAUGCCGUACGCAAAUUUCGUGAACAACUUGGUGUCGAAGCUUCGCGUCGAGAAUGUCAUCUUCCGCGAAUUUUUCGCAGAGUUCAUCGGCACGUUUCUCCUCGUUCUAAUUGGCAACGGAUCUGUGGCCCAAGUAGUCCUGAGUGGCAUGAAACAUGGAGACUUUUUCACAGUCAACAUGGCCUACGCUUUGGCUGUCGCCUUCGGGGUGAUGGUUUCCGGCGGCAUUUCAGGAGGACACAUCAACCCGGCGGUAACCUUGGCAAUGGCUUUGGCCGGGAAGUGCUCAUGGGUCAAAGUUCCAGUUUUCUGGGCGGCACAAUAUAUUGGGGCCUUCGUUGCAUCUGCAGUACUUUACGGCGUGUACAAAGACGCUCUUACGGCAUUCGCUCCUGAACCGUACACCAUCCAAACCGCCGGAAUUUGGGCCACAUAUCCGCAGGAGUUCCUUUCCUUGGGCAACGCUCUGUUCGAUCAGAUUAUCGGCACCUUCCUGCUCCUGAUCAUCGUUAUGGCUAUCACUGAUCCGAGAAACAUGGAAGUGUCCAAGGGUUUGUAUCCGCUCUAUGUCGGACUGACUGUUGGAGCGGUUGGGAUGGCUUUCGGGUUCAACUGCGGCUAUGCCAUCAAUCCUGCUCGUGACUUGGCACCUCGGGUAUUCACGGCGAUUGCAGGAUGGGGAGGUCAAGUGUUCAGUGCCGGAAACGGAUUUUUCUGGGUUCCUAUUGUUGGCCCACACAUCGGAGCUAUUCUGGGAGUCCUCGCAUACGGACUCACGAUAGGGUACCAUUUUGGCGACGAUGAGUACGUUGUGACUCAGACGAAAGGCAAGUUCUUCGACUGA